AUGUUGAGUAGAGGAGUGUUGAUGAUGAGAAAAAGAAUUCAUGAUGAGCUUGUGAACUUGGAAGUAGCUGAAUAUGAGUUCUAUAGACAGAAGGCUAAGAUGCAUUGGUUAAAUGAGGGGGAUCUCAAUAUUAGAUUCUUUCACCAGAUGGUAGAAUCUAAUAAGAAAAUGAAUACCAUUAGAGUAAUUAAAGGAGAAGAUGGUCAAUAUUAUGACACUUUUGAGGGCAUGGCUACUGAGUUAAUGAGUUUUUUCACUAACCUGAUUGGUGUUGAGGACCCUUUUGUCAAGAGCAGUUUUGUUGAGGAUCUAAAAGGUAUGCUAAACUAUUCCCUGCUAGAAGGAGCUGCUGAUUUUUUAAUUAGAGAGGUAAGUGAUAUGGAGAUUAAGGAGUCCAAGUUUAAGCAAGAAAAUUACAAGAGCACAGACCCUGAUGGGUAUACCUCUGGGUUUUUCAAGGUUGACUGGGACAUUAUAGGUACUGGUUUUACUUCUGCUGUGAGACUUGCCCCUUUCUUCCCUGGCAUGAUAUCACUUAGUCAGUUAGCCUUUUUCAAGGGUAGAAACAUUGUUGAUAACACCUUGCUAGCUCAGGAAAUUGUUAAAGGCUACUCUAAGAAGAGCCUUUCACCUAGAUGUGCAGUUAAAAUUGAUUUACAGAAGGCUUUUGACUCUGUUAGUUGGGAAUUCUUGUUGAAUGUACUUGCUACUAUGGGGAUCCCUGGUAUUUUCUGUAAUUGGAUUAAGCUUGGUGGGUACUUUAAAGGAGCUAGGGGGAUUAUGCAAGGAUAUCCUUUAUCUCCUAAUCGAUUUGUCAUUGCCAUGAAUGUUCUGUCCACUCUCUUAGAUGUCACUGCAAAACAUAGUAGGCAACUGGUUUUACCCAAGGGAAUCAUCAGGGAUAUUAAAUGCCUUUGUAUGUGUUUCUUCUGGAAGGGCAGUGAUUCCCUAGCAAAAGGAGCUAGUGUGGGAUGGAAUCAAAUCUGCUCCUUGAAGUCUGAGGGCUCUCUUUGGAUUGCCUGGAUUAUAGAGUAUUGUCUCAAAACAACUAGCUUUUGGGAUGUAGAGUGCAAAGCCCACUUUAGUUGGAUCUUGAGCAAACUUUUGAGUAUGCGAGAGGAGGAUAGACGGUUAUUCUUUCCUUGUGCCAACUGGAGCCUUAUUAAAGGUAAAUGGAUUUGGGACAAUAUUCGGGAUUAUAGGGCGAAGGUAAACUGGCACAAGCUGAUUUGGUUCCCUGCUCACAUCCCCAAAUUCUCUCUAAUCUCGUGGAUAGUCAUUCUCGAUAGGUUGCUUACCAAAGAUAGGCUUGUCCGUUUUGGUUUGGCCAUUGAUAAUGUUUGUGGUUUGUGUGGCCUUGGCAUUGAAUCUCGAGAUCACUUCUUUGUUGAAUGCUCUUUUGCAAAGGAAGUGUGGGAUAUUGUUCUAACUUCCUGUGAUGUUUGUUAUGACCUGAACAAUUGCGAUGAUCUUUUUAAUUGGUUGAUUGCAAAUUUGAAGAGCAAAUCCCGCAGAGUGCGUAUCCUAAAACUUGCUUGGACUGGCCUGCUGUAUUCUAUUUGGGAAGAGCGUAACCAUAGGCUCUUUAGGGGCUCGUCUCGCUCGGUUGAUGUAAUUGUAAAUAGUAUUAAAGUGGAUGUAAGAGUCAAGUUGUGUAGAUAUGGCAUGUUUAGGCUUGAUAAUGUUAAUAGGUGUUUAUACUUGAAUUGGGGUCUAUCUUAG